CACCGGCUCCACCGUCACCGUCACGUCCAUUCGCGCGACGGCGCGCUGCAAAGCCACGACCAGCCGGAGGCGAACUUGUUGGUACCGCCGGAUGGCUGGGACUCGGCCUGUCAGCGGUCCGGCCGCCGGUGCCGACACGAGGCUGGCGAGACGACGCCGGACUCGAGGCAACGCCACCAGCGACGCGCGAGAAGCGGCUUCUCGAGGCGCGAGAAGACGAAACACGCCGCCACCGGCACCGACGAGACUGCCGGCAGCAACGUCGACGUCGACGUCGACAUCAACGUCGCCGAGGGCGACGGUUGCGGCGGGGAUCUGCCGCAGUUGCAUGUGCGUCUGGCGGACGGUUCAACGGCCGUCUGUAUCGGCCUGGACGCCACCAACAGUUACGCGCUCUUUCAACCUCUACAGCCCGUCGCCACGACGACCAGCUCAGCCUCUCUUUCGCCGACCUCUUUGGCCGGCCGGCCAGACGAGGAGACGUCCGAGGCAGCGCUGGCCGCCGAUCGGAUCGUUCCGUUCGCUUGGCUCUCUUCGGGCGCCACCUUUUUCUUGUCCUCGCCCAAUCUGCUCAUACCCUCUCCCAGUCUGCUGGACUCGGACGCCAACACUUCGGAAAACCCGGCGCCUUCUGAGGCUUCUGCGUCGCUGGAAAUCACGACUUGCGGCCAGCGUCAGGCUGCCUCGGAUUCUGAGGCGAUACGCCGUCCCGGUGACCCGAAUUCGCCUCCUCUCCAAGGCAUUCCUUCAGACGGCAACACCGACAAGCCAAAAGUAAUGCCCACAUUUGCGUACUCGCAGCUGCCUCAUCGCAACCGCGACAGCAACAGCUUAUUUAGUGAUCCGGUAGAUCUAGACGCUAAGUGGGAUUAG